AAAAUAUUGAAAAUUCGAUUCUCCAUUUCGUCGGUUUGAUCCAGGUUCGGUUCGGUCCGGAUCGACUGCUCACACCUGGAGAGUGUAGCAACUUUUAUAUUUUGUUAAUUUUUUCUAUUGGGGAAUAGGAAUGGGACAUAUGUAUUAUUGGGAAUGUAGAAGGAAUGAAUGAGGAUAGGAAAAGAAUAUAAGUGGUAAAUAGCGAUGCCGCGUCAUUUCUUUCGCCUCUUCUCGUCUUUCAUCUCAUGUCAUGUGUUUCCUAUAUUGUACGGACUGGAAUUCGUCUGCAACUUCUCUGGAAAAUUGGCUUUGUAUUGUAAAAUUCUGAUUCGGUAUAAACAAGAGAAAGGUAAUCAGAGAAUCGAGGCAAAAUGAGCAGAGCAUCAACAUCAACAUCGACAUCUGCGGCUUCGGAGGGGCAGAGAACGCGCGUGGGUAAGUAUCAUCUUGGGAGGACCCUGGGACAAGGCUCCUUCGCCAAGGUCAAGUUUGCCACUCACACCCAAACUGGUGAUCGAGUCGCCAUUAAAAUCAUCCAACGUCAGCAAGUCCUCCAUCACAAGAUGGUCGAGCAGAUUAAAAGAGAAAUCUCGACGAUGAAGAUGAUCAAACAUCCCAAUGUCGUCAAUUUGGUUGAGGUUAUGGCUAGUAAAACUAAGAUCUACAUUGUUCUGGAAUAUGUUGACGGAGGUGAACUCUUUGACAAAAUUGCUAAAUAUGGAAAACUUAAAGAGAAUGCUGCUAGGAGAUACUUCCAACAGCUCAUUAAUGCCGUGGACUACUGCCACAGUAGAGGUGUAUACCAUAGAGAUCUCAAGCCUGAGAAUCUCUUGCUUGACUCGUUUGGUACUCUUAAAGUUUCAGACUUUGGAUUGAGUGCAUUUUCAAAACAAGUCCGGGUUAGUUGUUCGAUGACUGGACUGCUUCAUACAGCCUGUGGCACACCAAAUUAUGUAGCACCCGAGGUGCUCACCGAUAAAGGCUAUGAUGGCACUUCAGCAGAUGUAUGGUCUUGUGGGGUUAUUCUUUUUGUCCUGAUGGCUGGAUACUUGCCGUUUGAUGAGCCCAAUCUCAUGGCUUUAUAUAGGAAAAUUCAAAGGGCGGAGUUCUUUUUCCCUUCAUGGUUUUCAUCAGGUGCAAAAGAUGUGAUCAAGCGUAUCCUAGAUCCAAAUCCACUAACUCGAAUGAGUAUUCCUGAAAUUCUAGAACAUGAGUGGUUCAGAAAAGAUUACAAGGCACCUCGUUUUGAACAGGAUGAGGAUGUAAACCUUGAUGACGUUGAUGCUAUAUUCAGUAACAAUCAGGAAGAUCUUGUUACAGAAAGGAAAGAGAAACCAGCUUCGAUGAAUGCGUUUGAGCUGAUAUCUCGGUCGGAAGGUUUCAGUCUUGAGAAUCUGUUCAAUAAGCAGACGGGGCUAGUAAAGAGGGAAACUUGCUUUACAUCAAAACGUCCUGCAAAUGAGAUAAUGUCAAAAAUAGAGGAAGCGGCUAAACCUAUGGGUUUCAAUGUUAACAAAAGAAACUAUAAGAUGAAGUUGCAAGGCGAUAGGACAGGAAGAAAGGGGCAACUAUCUGUAGUUACAGAGGUGUUUGAGGUGGCUCCUUCAUUGCACAUGGUGGAGCUGCGUAAAACUGGCGGCGACACCCUCGAGUUUCACAAGUUUUACAAAAACUUCUCCUCAGGGUUAAAAGACAUUGUCUGGACUGCUGAAUCAAAUUCAAAUGAUGAUCAUGCUGCCCGCACCACCUAAAAUCCAAUGUCAAAUUCUAUCUAUUUACUCAUGUCUACUCAAACCUUUUUAUAUACACAUCACCGAUUAAAUACCCACUAAUAUAUUAUUAUACUGUGCA